AAGUAAUUCACCAAUUCUAACAAUGGCUCGUACCAAGCAAACCGCCCGUAAAUCUACCGGAGGAAAGGCUCCCAGGAAGCAGUUGGCCACCAAAGCCGCUCGCAAGAGCGCACCCGCCACCGGAGGAGUGAAAAAGCCACAUCGUUACCGUCCGGGUACAGUGGCUCUUCGUGAAAUCCGUCGUUACCAAAAGAGCACGGAGUUGUUGAUCCGCAAAUUGCCGUUCCAACGUCUGGUGCGUGAAAUCGCACAGGACUUCAAGACCGACUUGCGUUUCCAGAGCUCCGCCGUCAUGGCAUUGCAGGAAGCCAGCGAAGCCUAUUUGGUCGGUUUGUUCGAAGACACCAACUUGUGCGCCAUCCACGCCAAACGUGUCACGAUCAUGCCAAAGGACAUCCAACUGGCUCGUCGUAUCCGCGGUGAACGCGCAUAAUCAAUCAUUUUGGUCCCCCAUUUCACCUCUUUAAAACGGCCCUUUUCAGGGCCAAAAAACUUGUUUUAAAGAGUGUAUCUACAACUCAUUUAUGUCAUUUACAAUCGAAUUAUAUAUAGUCGUCUCAUAGUAGUAUUUAAGCAAGCUUCUC